AUGAGUCUCUCAUCUCAGUGUCUUUCUCCUGUGUCCAAAUGUCUCAGCGAUGAAGACCAGUACCUUCUGCGUCGAUCCAGUCCAGCCCUGGAUCAGGAUUCCCCAUGUGGACAACACCUUCUGCUGUCCCACUUGGAGCAACAGGACAAAGAGCAACUUCAGAGGACACUGACCCACCUGGAGAAUGAGAACAGCGAUGAAGACCAGUACCUUCUGCGUCGAUCCAGUCCAGCCCUGGAUCAGGAUUCCCCAUGUGGACAACACCUUCUGCUGUCCCACUUGGAGCAACAGGACAAAGAGCAACUUCAGAGGACACUGACCCACCUGGAGAAUGAGAACAGGGUUCUUCAGAGCGAGUACCGGCGUCUCAAGUGGAAGCACGACGAGGCAACGUCGGUCCCGAUGUUGACAGAGGCUGGAGAAAGGCCAGGUUCUCCCACAGUCCAGGACGAGGAGCUCCUGGCCGAAGCUCGGGUUCUUCGUCAGCAUAAGACCCGUCUAGAGACCAGGAUGCAGAUUCUGGAAGACCACAACAAGCAGCUGGAGUCUCAGCUCCGUAGACUCAGGGAGCUCCUCCUACAGCCCAAGGACGACUCGGAGGCCAAUGGAUCAGAACCAUCCACUUUGUCAUCUCCCAUAUCUGGAGGUGGUCGUCAUGGCGAGCCGACCAGCAGAGAGACCACCGACACUGAAGCAGCAGGUCUGCCGCACGCAGGAGAUUCACCGACACACACACACACACACACACACACACACACGCGCGCGGUUGGACCAUUUGUCAUCUGCCCUCUCACAUCUCCUAGCAACACCGUACUGUACGUGGACUUCCUCACCCUCCUGCGUCAGUCCUCACUACUGGCUCCCAUAUCCAUAUUAUUUUGUGACGAUGGAACCCCUCCCCCCCGUCACGAAGUUGCGUAUCCAGCAUGUUUGUGA